AUGGCAAUUAAGUUGAUUGAUAUUACAAAAGAUCCAAAGACUAUUGUGAAAAAUGGUCGUGGUUUGAUACCAUUGGGACUAAUACUCUUGCUAUUGGUAUCUACAUGGGUUAUAUAUCCUUCAAACUCACAAGUUGAUCAAGACGCGUUAAAAUCAAAUGAUAAUAUCAAUUCAAAUAAUGAAGAACAACAAAUCAAUUCAACAAUCAAAAAUUUCACCAAUGAACCAAGUUUAAUAACAUUUGAAAAUGCAAGUGCUAUUUUCAAUACAAUAAAUUCUGCAUUAAAACCAAAACAUUCACAAAUUCAUCCAAUUGGUGUUAGUUUCAUACCUGCAGUUAUUCCAGAAGGUUCAUUAUUAUAUCAUGGGAAUACUGAUGGUAAUAUACCCACAGGAUUAGAAUGGAUUGCAAUGGAUCCUGAGUUCAGUUAUUGGUUUAUUGCUAAUAGAGAUGGUCCUGGUCAUAAUGGUACUUUCCCUGGUAAACCUGGUGGACCUGGCGGGCCUGGUGGACCUGGUAAACCUCCUGGUGGACCUGAUGGACCUGGAGGACCUCCUCCUGAUGGGCCUGGUGGUAAAGAUCCUAAAUAUAAAUCACCAAAUGAUCCAUCUCAUAAAUCUACAGAAAAAGGAAAAGAAAUGGAAAAUGGGAAAGAUUCAAACAAACUUGGAGGUGGUAUCACUGGAGGUGGUGGUAAACAUCAUGGGAAACCAUCAGGAUCAACACAUAGUUCACUUUUAACAUUUCAAGUUAAAAAACCCUUGGAUCGUAUGAUUUUAUUAGAUGGUUCAAGUGGUGCGAAAUCUCAUACUGGUGAAAUGGAUACUCAAAUGAUACUUGCAAAAGCAGGUGUUAAUGAAACUAUUAAUGAAUAUGAAGCAGCUGAAAGAAUUUGUAAAUGGGGUGAACCAUUUGGUCUUGAUGGAUUUAUUAGAAUUGAAAUUGGAUUCGAGGCAAUUAUUUGUGAUUUCCAAAAUGAUAAAUUAGAAUUAGUUUCAAAUGUUACAAUUGGUUGGAAACAAGAAGCUAUUGGAUUCCCAUUGGAAAAAGAUUAUAUUGAAGAACCAGUUGAAGAAAUUAUUGAUUCAUUGGAUGCUAUGGCUGGAUUUGAGUUUAUGAAUCAAGGAAAUGCUCAUAGUAAAAGAGAUAGAAGAAUUGAAUUGGAUUAUAAAGGAUUAGUAACUCCAUUGAAUAAGACAUGGAUACAUCCAGAUCCUUAUUUACGUCGUGUUAAUGAUAUAAAUGAUGAUUUGAAAAAUGAAUUAAUUGAAAAUUUAGAGAAUUAUUUGAAAACCCCAAUUGAUACUAAAACUGGAACUGAUUGGCAAUUUAUUACAGAUGAAAUUAUCGAUAAAUUUACACCAAUUUUGGAAACUUUAAAUAAUUCAUUAUCAAAAUUUUCAAAAAAUGAUGUGGAUGAAGAUACUUUAAUUAAAUAUGCAAAAAAUUCAGUAAUUUAUACAAAUAAUUUUGUUAGAAGAUUUAAAGAUUAUCAAAUAAAAGAUGAGAAUGAACAAAUUCAAACAGCUAAAAAAUUUGCAAUUUAUCAAUUUUCUCAUCCAUUAACUUCCAUAACAACAGAAUCUGAACAUUUAAUAUAUUCAUCAGUUUCCAAAGUUGUUUCAGAGAUUGUGGAUUUCAUAUUUGAAUUAAACACUCAAUCAAUCAAGAUCUUAAAAACUGCAUAUUCAGAUAAACAAUCUGUUUUAAAAUAUUCAAAUGUUAUGAUAGCUGCAUCAAAAAAUUUAACAAAUUUAUUAAAUACUUUAAAUUGGGUUGAAUUCUAUCAAUGUGAUCGUAAAUGUAAUUCAGAUGAACUUUGUUAUAUCCCAUCAUGGGGACCAAGUCCAUUUGGAUGGUCUGGUAAAGAUUUAUUUGGUACAGAGGCACCAGGUGAAGGACAAGGACAACAUAGUAGAAUUAAAAACCCAUUACAAUGUAUUAGUUACAAGACAAUUUUGGAACAAAGAAAUCAUAAGCAUGCGUGA